AUGGUCGGAAAGCGCAACAACAAGCAGCCCUCGAAGAAGGCGCCCAACGCGUCUCGCACGACACGCGCGCCUGGCGCUCGCCCUCGUACGCCGGCAAACGCAGGCUCCGACCAGGACGAUGGACGCAACGGCCCAGCUCCUGAGCCAGAACCUAUGGAUGUUGACGUGGACCCGACACCCGCCACCCCUCCUCCCCGUCGCAGCGCCCGCCUCGGCGGCGUCGAGGCUGCAGGCGAGGUAGAUGAUGGCGCGCAAGCAUCUGCAGAUGAGCAGGAGCAGCCCCGCCGCUCCGGGAGACUCAACGGAAGGCGCGCGGAAGUCUUUUCCGCCAAAGGCGGCUCGAAGAAGUUGGAGGCGCGCACUACCUCGAAGGCUCCAUCCGCCGCCUCGCGCGGCCAGAACAAAAAGAAGGCGACCGCUCGGAAGGCCUCGGACGCGGAGGAAGACCACGGGAUGGACGUUGAUGGGGUUGGCGCUGGAGGGGCCUCGGAGGAGGCGGGGGACCAGGAGAUGGAUGUUGACGAGGCCGGCGUCGCCGAGGAAGUCGAGCGCAAUGCCCGGGCAUCGCAGGGGCAGGAACGUACGCGCGGGCAUCGCCCCGACUCCCCUUCCUAUGCCGAGAUCGUCCGCGGCGGUCGCUCCCCAUCUCCAACGCCUGGCCAAGGGUCCCCAUAUGUUAGAGGGCCUUUGGCCCGACGCUCGGCAUAUGUUAGCCGGGCGUCGGCUGCAUCGAGCACAGGCGUUCAAGCCAUGGAGUACAGGGAUAUGCCGGCGUCUACGGCAGCGCCGCAGCUUGCGCCUCGCAGAGCUCAAGGAGUGAGGACGUCCCGGCUCCCACCCUCCAGUCCGCCCGGGUCGACGUCCGAGGAGUCGCAAUCGGACUUCGAGCCGCCCAAUGCAUCGGGCGCUGAGCCCGACGAGGACGAGGACGACGACGACGACGGCUACAUCACCCCGACGCCCAAGCCGAAGCAGAAAAAGCGGCUCCGCCCCGUCGUGGAGUCUCCGUCGACACCUCGCCCGUCGACGAAGAGGCGUCGCCCCGCCAUCGACCCCUUACCCGCGUUCACGAGCGAGAUGGGCGGGGAAGCCAUGGAGGUCGAUGGCGAGCACACGGGCUCAGAUGGGAAGGGGAAGGGGAAGGGGAAGGGGAAGGGGAGGGGGAAGGGGGACGGGGAGGGGGGUGGGAAGGGGAAGGGCAAAGCGAAGGCGAAAGCGCAGGAGGAUGGAGGUGGGAGUGGAGAGAGGGCCGCAGCCUCGCGGCCUUCUGGCAGCAGCCGCCCACCACUUGCACGCCCAUCACCCGCUGAGCGGCAAGCUUCCUCCCAUGCCGAGGCUGGACCGUCGCGUGCGCGCGGACCCGGGGCGCCUGGGGAUGAUGCUGGCCACCCUUCGCGCGGCGCUCGGCAGGAUCUGAAGGGCAAGGGCAAGGCGCCCCCUCCCGAGGACGGCGGCGACGCCAGCAAUGGCAAGAAGGCGCCGCCGAAGCCACACAAGGGAAAAGGGAAGGAGAAGGCCCCGCCGCCCGACUCUGGCGCCGACGACAAUGGCGGGAACCCCAACCCAAAGCGCGACAAAGGGAAAGGGAGGGCGCUGCCUGUCGAGGAUGUGGAUGAGCCAGUUCCCGAAAUGCCGCUCGACAUGCCCGGCCUUUUUGCGCCUGGCGACUACCUCGACGACGACGCCCCGCUUCCAGAUCUGGAUGACCUCAUUUCGUUUGAGGACACCGACCCGACCGCCCCCGGCCCUUCAACCCGUCGCGAUGCGCCCGGCACAUCUGCGCCGCGCGAGACUCGGCGCGAACGUGUGCGACGCGUAAGGGAGGAGAACGCGGAGAAUGUUCUUUGCGAAGAGCCGGGCUCAGCUCACUCAUACUCCGCGGGUCGCCUCCCCGACGAUGCCCGGCGUCGAGCCGAGGAGCUUGGCAUCGAGUAUACGCUAGGGCUCCUCUCCAUCGCGCAGGAGACGAACAAGCCCCCCGAGCUGGUCUUCCGCAUUGCUGGUUGGAUGCACUCCGACAGCGCGCAUGCGCGACGAUGGCAGCGCGCUAAUGUAUUUCGAAGAUACUGGGCCGCCACCAAUCCUCCUGAUCCAUCUGUGUCCGCCGAUGAACGCAGAGCCCAGAUGGAAGCCGCCUACCGCGAGAAGGUUGCAGCGCUCGGUAGCAACCCUUCUCACGAGGACGCCAUGCGCCACUUCAAGAAGGAGUACGACUUCUGUGUGCAGCUCGACGAGCACAUCAUUCAAAACGCGACGACGAGGCAGCGGCAGCGGCAGAUCGACAGCCUCGCCCAACAGUUCUCCAGACUUGCACUGGCUGCGAACCUCAACAACGGCGUGGCAGUCGUAGGGUACAUCGUCGACCUCCACGCGAAGGCUAAUUCGGCAAUGUUUGGUGGCGGCGCCGUCUAUCAAGAGCUCCUGCGUCGCUACUCAGGCAACUUCUCUGAGGGUCUGAAUCAGAUGUCGACCCUACUUCGUGCAUGCGACUUGAGGCUUCGCGGCCUGCGAGAGGACGGGGAGGUCGAUGCGGGCCCUCCUUCGGAGCACGAGCUGGGCUGGUUUCCCGAACGCAACUGGGACCUGGACCCCAACCAGAACAAGAGCGAUGAGUACCUUCGUAUACUGUACGAGCUUUUGCGAUGGGAUCUGGGUGCGAUCUACUACAUGGCCAACCAGCGCCUGUCCUCCCGGCAUACCGCCGUUGAGCCCCGACAAUUCCCUCGAAACUCGUGGCCGGACAUCGCGUAUCGCUUAGGCAUCUGCCUGGUCAACUGGCCGGAAGUCCUUCGCAACAACAUGCCGAUGGAGGGCAUGAAGCGGAAGCCCAGAGGGCGUACGUGGAGCAGCGUCGUCACCGCGAUGGUCAACUAUCGCAGGCGCGCCGAGGCUGAGAGCAACCGGCGUGGGCUGACAAACGAGGCGGCGCUCGGCUGGCUCCUCGGGUCUGGCGUACCCGCCCUCGUCCCCCUUCCCCGCGAGUAUGCUGUUUUGCCACACUUCAUGCUCGAGAACAACCCCAUCGUCCAGUCUCCUCGGCCCCCUCCCUCAGCGCGCGUGGCGAAUCCUCGGCCUACGACUUUCAUUCGAUGGGGCCAGUCCCUUCGCUACCAGCAGGACCGCAACAACGGCGAGGACUCGCGCAUCAAAUGGCAGGCAUACUGGAAGGGCGAGCGCGACGACGGCUUGGUGCGCGAGGAUGAAUCUGACGGAGGCGACGGCGCCGACAACGCCCCCCAUGUCACGUCGACCGACAUCAACCGCCCCGGCCCAAACUCGUUGCUCCGUCUCUGGGCUCCGUGGGAUGCUUUUGAAGCUUCCCUUGGUUGCGUGCCGCGCCACAAUGCCGAGUUGAGCAACAACGACGACGACGAGGGCGGUGAUCCUGAGGAGCAGGACGAGCAGGCCGACGAGGAUGAGGGUACUUCGCGUGCGGCCGCCCUUGAGCGGUUGAAGGCGAGGCGCGCAUCGAAGGGAAAGGACGGACGCAACAAGCGUGUUCGUGACAAUAAGAAGCUCAGCGCGCAGCUCAAGGAAGCGCAGGACGCGGGCAUCCGCGAUGCGGAGCGAAUACGAGAACUGGAGUCCCUGAUCGAGGCACUUCGUCUGCAAGUGCGCGCCAGUACCGCUCAAUCGGUUCCAACUUCAUCGACGGGCGCUCUCGAGAAUAGUGAAUCUCUUGGACACAACUCUUCACAGAAUGCCACACCUGAAGGUCCUACAGCGGUCUGUGAAGGGGGCUCAGGGAUGACCCCGCACAGCCCACCUCGACGAAGCGCAGAUCCCCCAUUGGACAGAGCCCCUUCCACUCUAUACUCUACAGACCGCUGUGCUGGCCCCGUAGGCGAAUCCGUCCCGGAUCAGCUGACGCCGGAGGAGCCUCUGAACCACAUUGACGACAACGUGCAACCUGUCUCGCCAGAGGGUAUGGCUCGCGGACAGGCAACUCCGAAGAGCGAUCUCCAGGACAUUGAAAUGCUACCUCCAUCUGAAAGGACUACUUAUCUCGACUUGGCGUCAGAUGCCACGAAUCUUUGGGCGAGUCCCAUCAUCAACUGGGCUGCCGGAGUUACCACCCGUCUACCAGUGCUUCCGGGUACUAAGUUCGACUUCGACGAGGCGAUGGUGAGGGCUAUGGCGACUUUUCCGCGUGCGGAAGACACGGAUAUGGUCGUCUUUCUGGAUUGGGACCCUAGCAACUCGGCCCUCGUGAUGGAGAAAAUAGUAUCUGCGCAAGCGGAGGGACAUUGGGUCGUUGUGCGAGGUGCAGGAAAGAAGUUCAUACCUCUUCCGGACUGUUCGGAGCAUCCUACGAUGAAUCUGCAAUAUUUCUCGAGUGAACUAGGAAAAGGGGUCGUUGGGGCUGCGUUAGACGUGAAUCGUCAGGCACACGACAUGGAACUACGCAUGAAGGCCAACCCGCCGCCCGAAGAAGACCCAGACCCUACAGAUGCCAUUGCAGACGACAGUGUCGACGAAGAGGUAUCCGAUACUGAGGCUACGGGCUCGCAAACGGGAGAAGCAGCGGGACCACCGGAGCCAUACGUUGAGCGACCACUUCGACAAUUUAUUGAAGAGAUCAACAGCGACAAGCACAUCCGCGCCAUUCUCGAUAUUCCUGGGGGAUACUUGCAGCAUGAUCCCAUUACCACCUAUCUGUCCGACGGACAUCUGGAAGUCUUUACCGUGUCCCAUGCGAUCGGCAACCUCGAUUACGAAUUUCGUCCAGCAGACCAUGGCCGUACUUUCGACUGGCAUCUUGCCCAUCAGGGCGGUUUCGUCACGUUCGGUCAUAUCGACGCAUCGGGAUUAGGGACAACCUUCGAAGUCCGAGGCCCGGGAGCCAAACUAUGGCUAGCCACGGAAUACUGCCCGCCUUCGAACGCGACUCGAGCCAUGUUGAUACAAGGGCAAAAGAGCGUUGUCCUUGGUGUCCCGAGGCGUGCACAUAGGCCUCAGCAAACAGACGAUGGUGCGGGCCGGGAAGACUUUUCCGUGGAUGGUGAUCGCAAGAUACGAGGUUGCAUUAUCGUAGUUCAAGAAGGCGAUAGAAUGUCCCCACCGGGCAAGGGCCAUACCGUCUAUACACCCCUGCAUACCGUCACCGCUGGAAAGCACUACGUGAACUGGGAUUCGCUUCACCACAUGGAGCUUUGCCGAGCCUUUGAGAAGCAUACUAGCCGCACGGCUACGAACCACGAUCACGCCUAUGCUCAGCUCAUGCUCAUUUUCAUGGCAGCUUCCCUCCCGGCACGAGUCAAAGAGGGUUGUGUGUUCUUUCGCAAGCCCUUGAUUGCGCUGUGCCUCAUGGUCCUAUGGCCCCGCAAGUAUAUUCAUGCUGACAGCAUCGAGGAUCGGGUCGGGAAACGCAACGACGAGCCUGCCCAGAAGUUCUUGCGACGGCUGCGGAAUGAUGGGGGAAGAUGGGUUUGCGGCAAUGUCGACCGUCUCGCUCAACUUGUUUGCAUUACCGUUUUGAAGGAGCUCGUGCCACCUGAGCUUACCGAGGGCCUGGUCGCAGAUCAAGCAGCUAUACCCCAACUUCCCGAUAUCCAACCCAUCCGAGAGUCGUACCUUUUUCAGGACUCCGACGAUCAUAGUCGGUGGCAAAUUCCUGGUCCUCAGGUUGACCUUCGCCGUUGCGUAGAACCACUGCUUGGAUGGACACCACUCGACAAUGAUCCGGUUCUCCUGCAAGCCGAUCGAGAUGCAGCUACAUCGGAUGGGAGCAAAAGGCGCUCGCGCAAGCGAACAGGCGUUGCGACUCGGCGGGCUUCCCGCUUUGCCGAUGCCUCAAACAAUGACACAGAGGUAAUUUUGCGAUCUCAUGAAUGUCCUGAGCCUCCUGUUGAUCCUUCGCAGGCAACUAGUGCUACACGAACGCGUUCUGCCGGCAUGGCAACGAGACAAUCUUCGUUGCCGGGCCUCUUACGGAAUUUAGAAGGCCCUGCAGAGGGUGGCAACGCAGACCGACGUCCAAGGAAGAGGAAUAGAGCCGAGGAUUAG